CCCCAGAUCCCCCCCUUCCCCUGGCAAUGUCCCCCCCGUGUCCCCACACAGGGCGAUGCCGGCGGGGGGGGGGCUGCUCUGUGGGGCCAGCGGCCUGGGGCUGCUCCUGGUGGCCACGGCCACCGGCUCCUGGCUGCAGCGCCGGGUGCCCGGUGGCAGCGCCAGCAUCGGGCUGUGGCGCAUCUGCGGCGGGGGACACUGCGGCCCCCACCCUGGCACCCCCGCUCUAUGGGAGGCCACGCGGGUGCUGAUGCUGCUCUCGGUGCUCAUGGCCACUGCCGGCCUCGCCAUGGGGCUCUGCGCUGCGGCCGCCAGGGCCUGGCGGGUGCGUGUCCGUGCGGCCGGUGCCACCCUGCUCCUGGCUGGGCUCCUGGCGCUGCUGGGGCUGGGGCUGUACACGGCCGGCACCCCGAGGCUGCUGGGGCCGGCCCGCACUGCCUGGCGCUUCUCCUGGUCCUACAUCCUGGGCUGGGUGGCUGCUGCCCUCAUCAGCUCCGCAGGGCUUUUCCACCUCUGUUCUGCCCACAAGGACUCGUCUCCAGAGAGCUCCGAAGAGGUGGGUGCCUGAGGGGCACCAAGCACCCCGGGGGCCCCCGCUCCCACCCUUGUCCCCCCCUGAUCCCCACGGGAGCCCGG